CCUCCAGCGUUCAGUCAACGCGUGGCCAUUUUCCAUUUUCAUACUGUAGAUCCGUUCCUUUGCACUGUAGAUCUGCAUGUUCUUUUUUCUUUCCUCUUCUUUUUUUCAGCACGUUAGUUGCGUACUUGUGUGUGACUGGCUCCCUUCUGGUGGCCCUUUUCGAUUCAAGCCCUGUUUCAAAGUGCCAUUCCUUCUUUUGUGGGUUGCGGCGGUAGCUUGUUUUCCGGUUUCUUUGUUGUAACAUGGGAUCGGUCGUGGUGCUUUACUGCUGAUUUCCUGCCACGUCCAUGCUGUUAUUAGAUAUGCGUCGCCUUGUAGCUUUUCUGUGUCCUUUAGUUGUUCUUCUUCGCUGUGGUCUGGUUCUUUUUUGUGUGCUCGGCUUAAUGUUGUUAUGGCUGCAUCUCGGAGGGAUCUAUGCGUCCGACACAUCUCUUUUUUUGCCCCUUAUACUCCGCCCGCAGGUUUCUAUCUCCUCUCUUUGUUUGAUAUCUCGUGUUAUUUUUUUCCCAUCGAGGUUUGCAGUCCUGCAGUGCGUUCGUUUUGUUUCUUGCAGGUUUUACAAUGAGCGCACGCGGUGUUUCCGGCCGGAGGUGAGGCCAGCCUCCUUUUACGUCCCUCCCCCAGCUCCACGCCGCCGUCGUGGUCUACGUGAUGUCACUCGCCGUUCAUCUUAUGGUCGCGGGCGCGUCAGCUCUGAUCGUUCGGCGGCCUCCGAUCUUCUAGCUUUGGCUGUUGUGUCUCCUGCGACAUGGGUUUCUUCAAAUUGUCCUACAGCUUCCGUGCCUGCCUCUGGGGUCGCCAUGACUUACUCGGAUCGGUCUCCAGCUGGUGCUGUUCCGGGUUCUCCUUCUGUGGUCCCUGUGUUGCCCGACAUGGAUGUGCCGAGCGGAGGGGCUUGCCGCCAGCGAGUCCGUCCAUUUUCUACGUCGCCUGCUCUGGCCCCGCACAGGCAUCGUGGUAUGCAGGAAGUUACUUCUGUGUCGGCUGCUCGCAGUGCUGGUUCUGGUGUGCCUGCACGUAGACGGCAGGCUGGGUCGCUCUCUCGUGGCCGUGGCCGUGGCCAUGGCCAUCGCGGCUCCGGCCAGUCUGAUGUUCGUCAGUUUUCAUCUUUGCCCGUUGUGUAUCCUGGGGUGCCUACUUCCUUGGAUGUUGCUGCUGCUACACCUGGGUUGUUGGAGAUGGAUGUGCUGAGCCGGGAGAUUUGGUUGGGCAAGCGCCCAGUUGAUGAUGAGUUCGACGGUACUAUCGGUAGUUUUUUUUCUUCCUUCUGCUCUUUGAAUUUUUCGUCUUAGGUGUCUUUGUGAUAUUGGUUUCCAUGCAUUUUCUGUUUGUUGUGCAGGUAAUGGUGAGUUGCCCCGGGCCGGUGGCUCUUCUAUUCAUGAUCCUGAUGUUGGUUCUGCGCUCGGGCAGUUUUUUGGAGCGAGUCCUUCAAAUCCUGGUGGUGAUUUUGCUAAUGACGAUGAUUCGUUUGCUGCUUGGCCUCAUAUGGACCAUGAUUUUCUGUCUCGUCUAUCUGGGCCAAGCUAUUGGACUCCUCUGUCAACUGUUCAUUCUUUUGGUCUGGGUCGUGCAAAUCCGUCACCUUCUGCCGGUCAUUUCUCUUGGUUGUCUGCUGUUGGGCAUGCUAGCUCAGUAGAUGAUUUCCGUUGGUUUGAGGUGCCAUCUUCUUCGUCCAUGCUGGUAGAUCAUGUCCCCACUGGUACGCAAACUGAGGUUCAUGUGCCUGAUCCUGCGCCGGAGUUAUAUCUGGGUGCGCCGGCCGAUAAUUUGUCCUGUGGUAUGAAACUUAUGUUCCUUUGUCCUAUACUUUUCGUGUGUAUGUUAAUG